AUGGCGUGUGGCAGCGGGAGGGUCAUCAUCCAGCUGGUGAACGAGGAGGCAGGGCCUGAAGCCAGGGGCCCGAAACUCUUUCGGGGCCAGAGCUACGAAGCAAUCCGAGCAGCCUGCCUGAGUGAGGGGAUCCUGUUCCGAGACCCCUACUUCCCCGCUGGUCCUGACGCCCUUGGCUAUGACUUGCUGGGACCAGACUCAGAGAAGGCCAAAGGGGUGAAAUGGAUGAGGCCCCAUGAGUUUUGCACCGAGCCCCAGUUCAUCUGUGAGGACAUGAGCCGAACAGACGUGUGCCAGGGGAGACUGGGUAACUGCUGGUUGCUUGCGGCCGCCGCCUCCCUCACUCUGUACCCCCGACUCCUGUACCGGGUGGUCCCCCCUGGACAGGGUUUCCAAGAAGGCUACGCAGGUGUCUUCCAUUUCCAGCUCUGGCAGUUUGGCCGCUGGAUUGACGUCGUGGUGGACGACAGGCUGCCGGUGCGGGAUGGGAAGCUGAUGUUCGUGCGCUCGGAGCAGCGGAACGAGUUCUGGGCCCCGCUCCUAGAAAAGGCCUACGCCAAGCUGCACGGCUCCUAUGAAGUGAUGCAAGGUGGCCACAUGAACGAGGCCUUCGUGGACUUCACGGGGGGUGUGGGCGAGGUGCUCUACCUGAGGGGGCAAGACACCCCCGGCCUCUUCACCAUCCUGCGCCAUGCCCUACUCAAGGAGUCUCUUGUGGGUGCCACUGCACUGAGCGAUCGGGGCGAGUACCGUACAGAAGAGGGGCUGGUGAAGGGACACGCGUACUCCGUCACGGGCACGCACAAGUUGUUCCUGGGCUUUAGCAAGGUGCGGCUGCUGCGGCUGCGGAACCCAUGGGGCCGAGUGGAGUGGAGCGGGCCCUGGAGCGACAGCUGCUCACGCUGGGACGCGCUCCCCACCGAGUGGCGGGAAGCUCUGCUGGUGAAAAAGGAGGACGGCGAGUUCUGGAUGGAGCUGCAGGACUUCCUCCGCCACUUCAACACCGUCCAGAUCUGCUCGCUGAGCCCGGAAGUGCUGGGCCCCAGCCCGGCUGGAGGUGGCUGGCACAUCCACACCUUUCAAGGCCGCUGGGUGCGCGGCUUCAACUCAGGCGGAAGCCAGCCUGGUGCCGAAACCUUCUGGAUCAACCCCCAGUUCCGGCUGACCCUGCUGGAACCUGAUGAGGAGGAGGAUGAGGACGAUGGGCCCUGGGGGCCACCUGGGGGAAGAGGGGGCCGCGUCCCCAAGUGCACGGUCCUCCUGUCACUCAUCCAGCGGAACCGGCGCUGCCUGAGGGCCGAGGGCCUCACUUACCUCUCCGUGGGCUUCAACGUGUUCCAGAUCCCAGAGGAGCUGCUGGAGCUCUGGGACUCCCCGCGCAGCCGCGAGCUCUUGCCCAAGCUGCUGCGCGCCGACCGCUCGCCCUUCUGCGCCCGCCGCGACGUGACCCGGCGCUGCCGCCUGCCCCCGGGGCACUACCUGGUGGUGCCCAGCGCCACCCGCCCGGGCGACGAGGCCGACUUCACGCUGCGCAUCUUCUCGGAGCGCAGCCACACCGCCGUGGAGAUUGACGACGUGAUCAGCGCUGACCUGCAGGCCCUUGUGGCCCCCUACACCCCGUUGGAGCUGGGGUUGGAGCAUCUGUUUCAGGAACUGGCAGGAGAGGAGGAGGAACUCAGUGCCUUUCAGCUCCAUAUCUUACUAAGCAUUAUCCUGGAGCCUGCUAGGUCCCCCAACCGGACUCCCAGAGAAAUCGGGCUCAGGACCUGUGAGCAGCUGCUGCAGUGUUUUGGGCAUGGGCGAAGCCUGGCCCUGUACCACUUCCAGCAGCUCUGGGGCCACCUCCUGAAGUGGCAGGCCACAUUUGACAAGUUCGACGAGGAUGCCUCCGGAACCAUGAACUCCUGUGAGCUGAGGCUGGCCCUGAAUGCGGCAGGCUUCCACCUGAACAACCAGCUGACGCAGACGCUCACGAGCCGCUACCGGGACAGCCGCCUGCGCGUGGACUUCGAGCGCUUCGUGUCCUGCGCGGCCCAGCUCACCUGCGUCUUCCGCCACUUCAGCCAGCACCUGGACGGGGGCGAGGGGGUGGUCUGCCUGACACACAGCCAGUGGAUGGAGGUGGCCACCUUCUCCUAGGACCCCUGCCGGACCGGCUGCUGCCCGAGGCUG